AUGUCCGCAGACAAGUACUAUACCCUCGCCGAAGGAUGCCCCUUUGCAAGCAGUAGCACUGCUGUGCUUAUGCGAAACAGAGAUGGAGGCGGCCUCGGACUUCUCCAAGAUACCCAGCUCAUCGAGACAUUGGCGCAUUUCUCGCGGGAGAGGAUUCCGGAGCGCGUUGUUCAUGCCAAAGCUAUCGGCGCAUACGGAGAAUUCGAAGCCACCGCCGAUUGCUCUGACCUGACCUGUGCCAGCUUUCUCAGCGAAGUCGGCAAAAAAACCCCUGUUUUACUCCGUGUCUCUACUGUUGGUCCCGAAGCAGGCUCGGCUGAUACUUCUCGAGAUGUUCAUGGAUGGGGCAUGAAACUCUAUACCGAUGAAGGCAACCUUGACUGGGUUUUCAAUAACACCCCUGUUUUCUUUAUUCGCGACCCUAUCAAAUUCCCCUCCAUGAAUCGCUCUCACAAGAGACAUCCACGGACCCACCUUCCCGACGCGAAUAUGUUUUGGGACUUCCAUGUGGGCAAUCCUGAAGGAAUCCACCAGCUCUUGGUCCUUUUCAGUGACCGUGGGACUCCCCGAUCUGUCCGCUUUCUGAACUCCUACAGUGGUCACACAUAUAAGUUUACUCAAAAGGAUGGUUCUUUCAAGUAUAUCAAAAUUCACAUUAAAACCCGACAAGGAGUUAAGAACUUCACUCGAGAAGAAGCUACUAAAAUUGCUGGUGAAGACCCUGAUUAUAUGAUUCGUGACAUGUUUGAAGCUAUUGAAAGAAAAGAUUAUCCUUCUUGGGAUGUCUUUGUACAGGUUAUGGAUCCCUCAGAGGCUGAAAACUAUCGUUGGAAUAUCUUUGAUAUGACCAAAGUUUGGCCACAUGAAGACUUCCCGCUGAGAAAUAUUGGCAAGCUUACCCUAAACCAGAACCCUGGUAAUUAUUUCGCCGAUAUUGAACAGGCAGCAUUCUCCCCAUCUAAUAUGGUGCCUGGGUUUGCUGCUUCUGCCGAUCCAGUCCUUCAAGCACGACUGUUUGCUUAUCCAGAUGCGGCUCGUUACCGUCUUGGUGUCAACUACCAGCAACUUCCAACCAACGCAGCCAAGGCACCUGUUUAUUGCCCAUUUGAGAGAGAUGGUAAAAUGAGGUUCGAUGGAAACUAUGGUGGUGAUCCAAAUUAUGUGAAUUCUUCUCUUCAGCCAACAAGGUUCUAUCCCGAAGUCAAGGGAGUAAGUCAAAACUCGCUGAGCUUACACACUGAGCAUGAGAAGUGGGUUGGUGAGGUCACCACCUACACCAGUCACAUGAAGAAAGAUGAUUUUGUUCAGCCUGCUGCUUUGUGGGAAGUCAUUGGCCGUGAACCUGGACACCAGGAGCGAACUAUCGAGAACAUCGCCCAGAGUGUUAAAGAGGUCAAAUCACCCAAGUUACGAGAUGAAGUAUAUGAUUUGUUUGGUCGAGUCAGCCUGGACCUUGGAACUAGAGUCAAGCGCACGACUGAGGCUUUUAUCAAAAAAUGA